AUGCAAACCAAGCACUUUUUCUCAGAUCCGACCCAUCUGGUCCAGACGGCACUGAACUCGCUCACUCUCACAAACCCUUCCCUCGCAUUUGACCGCCAAAACAAGAUCAUCUUUCGCCGCCCGGAAGUUGUCAAGAAGUCAAAAGUCGCCAUUGUGUCCGGUGGAGGUUCCGGCCAUGAACCCGCUUUUGCUGGAUAUGUCGGCCAGGGUCUCCUAGAUGCCUCUGCGGCGGGGACAAUCUUUGCUUCCCCGUCCGCGGAACAAGUCCGCAUUGCUGCGAUGGACCGUGUCAACAAUGAGCAGGGCGUGCUUAUCAUUCCCAUGAACUACACCGGUGAUGUUCUGAACUUCGGUAUGGCUGCGGAGAAGGCUCGCGCAGCUGGUAUAAAGACUGAGUUCUUUGCGAUCAAUGAUGAUGUCGGUGUUGGCAAAGAGAGAGGUGGCAAAGUUGGUCGCCGUGGUAUCGGAGGUGGUAUCUUUAUUUUGAAGAUUGUCGGGGCUCUAGCAGAGGCUGGGUAA